GAUAUUUUUGGUUGGGAGUGGUUUAACACCACAGUGAUUGGGCUUGGAAAGCUUGAAAUUUGGGCAUGCUGAUUAGCUGUCAUGUUUCCAAAUUUCCUAAUAUCAUCUGCUUCCCACUGCUUGGCCGGAAUAUAUUAAUUAAUCUCUCUCUCUCUCUCUCUCUCUCUCUCUCUCUGUAUACAAUACACUUGCACGCGCGCGCGCACAUUUAUAUUGUGUUGUUUCUACAACAACUCACUCUCCUGGUGAUGGCUCCUCAAGUCGGCGACGGAGUCCCUGAAGCCUCCUCCACGGAGCCAACCAUAUUCAAACCCAAAGAAACUUCAGCGUUUCACUCCUAUUUAACAAUUUUAUUGUGGCUCGGAUCCAUUCAUUUCAUCGUCUUCCUUAUUCUCUUCUCCUUCUUCUUCCUCUCUUUCUCCAAGUCUCUGCUUGUAUAUGGAUUGCUGCUCUUUCUUGCUCUUGUUCCCGUUAAUCCUAAUAGUCCAUGGGGCCGUAAUUUAGCGAGGUAUAUAUGCAAGCAUGUUUGUGGAUAUUUCCCUUUGACUUUAUAUGUGGAAGAUAUCAACGCAUUCUCUCCGGAUCAGGCUUAUGUUUUCGGCUAUGAGCCGCAUUCAGUUUUACCAAUUGCUUGUGUUGCACUGGCCGACCUUACAGGCUUCAUGCCUCUUCCGAAAAUAAAGGUCCUUGCAAGCAGUGCUGUGUUCCACACUCCAUUUCUGAGGCAUAUAUGGACUUGGUUGGGACUUGCCGCAGCAUCAAGGAAAAACUUUUAUAAUUUCUUGUCAUCUGGUUAUAGCUGCAUUGUAGUCCCAGGUGGAGUGCAAGAGACCUUGUACAUGGAACAUGGUUCUGAGGUUGCUUUUCUUAAAGCAAGAAGAGGAUUUGUACGAAUAGCAAUGGAGAAGGGAUGCCCAAUAGUUCCAGUGUUUUGUUUUGGACAGACGGAAAUCUACAAAUGGUGGAAACCUGGUGGAAAAUUGAUCUUCCAACUCGCUAGAGCUAUAAAGUUUACACCAAUAGUUUUCUGGGGUAUAUAUGGUUCUCCUCUACCCUUCCGCAAACCAAUGUAUGUGGUGGUCGGUAAACCCAUUAAAUUCAAGGAAAACCCACAGCCUACCCCUGAAGAGGUUGUAGAAGUACAAAAUCAAUAUAUCGAUGCGCUUAGGGAUCUCUUUGAACGACAUAAAGAAAAGGCAGGCCAUACUGAUCUUCAGUUGAGAAUUCUUUGAUAAAAGUACUCAACUUGUUUAUAUGCCUCGUCAUAUAAUUAAUUAUGAACAGUUUCUAUAUUCACUUUGGUUAUCUUAAAGUGUAAUGAUGGUGUAUUCAUUUUGUUUCUCAUGAAGUACAAUGAAGUGAUAUAGCGAACAUCUAAUAGUAAGCAUAUGAUUAUGGUACCAACCCUCCUGCUUUUAUGUUUCUA